CAGGCUGCCUCUCAGUCUGUUCACUGGCAGGAGGAAUCAGCAGCAGCAGCAGCAGCGGGACAAUGGUGUGUCUCCUCCAGCGAGGACCCUAACGGACGCCGGCUGCUUUCCGACAAACUGCAACACAAGGAGGUGAAUGUCAAACAGCUCCAGGAUGCUGCUGUCCUCAUCCCUGCCGACCUGCUGUUCAUCAGGAGGUUUCUGAUUUGCCAAACAUGAUGAAGACUGAUCCCCCGUCCGCCACGGGGGGCAACGGGGCGCCGGGCGGGAGCAGUGGGGGCAACGGAAGCUCCAACCUGCGCAGUCCUUCACCCCACCGCAACGCGUACGAGGCCGGGUUGGCGGCGCUGAAGAAGGCGACCGACCACCUCAACAAUGCCGCCAACGGAGCCCCCGCCCCUUCCUCCAAGCCCGCUCUUCUGCCCCGCCCAACCGGGAGGGGCCGGAGAUAUGGAUCGAACGUGCACCGCAUCAAGAACAUGUUCAUGCAGAUGCAGUCGCCCGGUGACGAGGAGGACGGAGCCAAAGUGAUCGGUAAAGACCAGGAGGUGAAACUGUCUCUCCCAAGAGUAUCCAGCCUCAACGAGAACGUCGACCACAGUGCUCUGCUCAAGUUAGGUGGGACGGUGUCGGAGAGGGUCAACCGGUUUGACUCUAAAGGAAGCGGAGAGGACGGAUGCGCCGCCACAGGUUUAUCCAAACUGCAGGAGACCAGAAGGAUGUUCGAGCAGCGGACUCUCCAGGAGAAGCAAGCGGCCACAAACCGGAUCUUACUGAAGAAGGAGCGGGCUUCAGGCUUCCAGGACAGCCGUCUAGACGUCGUGGCUCGCUUUAAUGGCUCCACAGAGGCUCUGGACCGGCUGGACGACCCUCCUGCCCCGGCUCCUGCCCCUGCUCCGGCUCCGGCUACCAUUCCUGCUCCUGCAGCUCCAGCUGGGCCCGGCGAGGCUGUCAGCCCCACCGUGAGCCAACUCAGUGCUGCGUUCGAGAAGGGCGAACUGCAAAACAAUCUCUACCUCCCCAAGCGUCGCUCAGCCCCUGCCCUGGCACCAAAGCCCAAACCACCGGCCAGAACGGAGGCUGUCGGCAAGAAGGCAAAGGUGUUGCCUCCAGGUAAGGAGGCUCAUGAGGAGGAGACAGCAGGAGAGGCCACAGACCUACAAGAAGGGACUGGUUCUCUGCCGAGGAGCACAGAAGGAGUGGUGGCCAGUGAGGAGAGGGAUGGGUUCGGACAGUCAGGAGACCAGCUCUCUAACUCCUCCUACUCCUCAUCGUCCUCAGUGGCCGUCACUUCCUCCUCUUCCUCUUCAGAGGCCAAACCGGAGUUGGAGGCCCAGCCCACAACAACCGAAGCCAGAGGCUCAAGUACAGUGGCCGAUCCAGACCAGGAGCUGCACGGUGACGAGCAGGACGGCUCCACCAGCGGCUCGGAGGUCGCAGCCAGGCUGGUGCAGGCAGACGUUCAUGCCUCUUUGGAAAAUGGAGAAAAAGAGCCCCCGGGUUCCUCCCCCUCCUUGGAAGAGAAAGGAGUGGACUAUGAGAGGAGGGACGAGGAGGAAGAGGAGGAGGAGGAUAAUGAUGACGACGGCUCGAGGAAGGAGGAUUAUUCCGAGGGGGAUCCGGUGGAAAUCAGUGCGUACAGUGGGCUCGGAGAGGAGGACUCUGGGGGCAGCCAACUGGACGAUGAGGAGGACGAAGAAGACGAGGAGGAGUAUCAGCCAGAAAGCAGCUGCUCUGAGAUCACUGGCCUCCCUGAAGAGGAGGAGCCUGUGCCACCCAACAGGAAGAUUCAAUUUAGCACUGAGCCAAUCAAGGUGAGUGAGCUUUUGUUGGGUGACGCCUUCAACGUCUCCUCGGUGGAGGAGAAAUUCCAUUUUUCUGUUGUGCUUUUGUGGCAGAGGCACAACAGAAAAAUCUGUUAUGACUUUUUAUGAAAUCUCCUUGUGAUA